CUCUCGCAUUGCCAUAAAUACUUCCAUCAUCAGCAAAUAUGGCUGCAUCCCUGCACUUUGUGGAGUAUAUAAUAUUUGGCUUAACAUUGUUGAUAUCAAUUUCAAUUGGAAUAUAUUUUGCGAAAUCAGGAGGUAAACAAAAGACUUUGGAAGAAUACUUGGUGGGAAAUCGUAAAAUCUCGUUUUGUCCUAUCGCAGUUUCCCUGCUGGUGACAUUCCAGUCCGGAAUCAGUCUCCUUGGAUUGCCGGUGGAGAUAUACCAGUAUGGGACACAGAUAUCUAUGGGGAUUAUCGGACUUGUGACAGGGUAUGUUCUAGUGGCCGUGUUCUUUGUUCCAGUGUUCCACCCGUUACAGCUAACCAGUGUUUAUGAGUAUCUCGAAAUACGAUUCCAGUCACGCGCAGUGAGGAUCACCGGAAGUGUACUAGGGAUUAUGUUUACGGUGAUGUACAUGGCCGUUGCUCUCUUCAUACCUUCCCUGGCUUUGGAAGCGGUGACAAACCUGUCUGUAUGGAUUUCCAUACCUCUGGUGGCAGCGGUAACAGUUCUCUAUACGAUGCUUGGCGGCAUGAAAGCAGUGGUGUGGACGGAUGUAUUCCAGUUCCUCGUCAUGAUGGCCGGUAUAACAGUUCUUCUGGUUAAGGGCAUCACGGGGUCCGGCGGACUAAGCCAGGUCUGGCAAACAUGCUCGGAACAAGGAAGAAUUCAGUUUUUCAACACCAAUCCGGAUCCAACAGCUAGACAGACGUUUUGGGCAGUUACUUUGGGAACUGUGACGUCAUGGAUCGGGAAUGGAAUCAGCCAAUCGGGUGUACAGAGAAUGAGUUCAACGUCCACUAUAAGGGAAGCUCGAAAAGCUGUCCUGACCAAUCUGCCUGCCGCUGUGAUCCUAGAAACCCUAAUGGUAUUACUUGGAAUGGUCCUAUUCGCCUUUUAUCACAACCAGGCGUGCGAUCCUACUCGUGCAGGCUAUAUCCAAAGUUCUAAUCAGCUUGUACCAUAUUUUGUCAUGGAACAAAUGUCUUCCAUUCCUGGGUUUGUUGGUCUUUUUAUGGCAUGUCUUUUCAGCGCUACAUUGAGCACCCUAUCCUCUGGUCUAAGUGCCGUGUCCGCGCUGAUUUGGGAGGAUAUCGUAGAUCCAGUACUGUCACGGACUAGUGGUGUUAGGGGUACUUUCGUUACAAAAGUCACGGUUGUAUGCACGGGAGUGGUAACUGUUGGUAUAGCCUUUCUAGCAAUGAAUCUCAAAGGAACGAUCACGCAGAUAACUAUUGGAACCUUGUCUGCUACGUCAGGCCCACUAGUUGGUGUUUUCCUACUUGGUAUAAUUCUACCAUGGGCAAAUGCAAAGAGUGCCAUCAUUGGUGGAUUCCUGUCAUUUUGUGUGUGUGUAACCAUGACUGUUGGUGCAAAUUUUGUUCCAACAUUCUCCCAUAAUGCAUUGCUUCCGGAAGUACCAAUUUCUGGAUGUUACGUAAAUACGUCUGAUAAUCUUUCUCUUCCUGUGUAUACCUCCGCAGAAGAAUUUAAUUACACAGGAUAUCAAUCCACGUCCGGAUACAACACAUCAGCAACUAUGGCAGACGAGGAAAUUCCACACUAUGCCAUCACAGGAAUGUGGAUUUUUCGUGUGUCGUUUUUAUGGUAUCAUUUGAUUGGAGUUUUAUCAACACUAAUAAUAGGACUACUGACCACAAUAAUUACAGGUGGGUUCUCCGACAUUCCGGCGGAGCCUCGCUUUGUACUGCCCUGUAUACGCAACAUGAGCUGUUUUACACGUAAAUAUCACAGCCGUUCUAGCAUAUUCCUUAGGAGUUACCAAGGCUCCCCCCUGAUAUCGGGCCAUGGGAGAUCCUCCAUGCGUUCCAGCUUCCGUGAGAAAAAGACUGGAACGCUUUGAUUGGAAACGGAAGAUUCGUCGUAGUAUAUUUUGGACUUAAUAAAUUAACUGUUAUAGUUACAUAUGGACGGAAUUGUGUAAAAAUGUACCCCAGCGAAUUGAAACCGUUCUCAUGUUUUGGCUACUUUGAGAAGAAGAAGAAAUAUCCUUGCAUUUGUUACAUAAACUCUGUGAAUUUCAAUAAAAUAAUAUGCAAAUCA